AUGGCUGCCUUGCUAAUGGACCGGAAGCCUCAGAUUUUAGCGCCGCUUUCCGCUAUGGGCAUAGGCGGCAUGUUUGCAAACUCGAUACGUAAGGCGCUGAAUACCGCGGUGCCAAAGAAACUGUGGCCAAAAAUUAAAAAACGAUUGCGGUUUGCCUUCAAUCAAAGAGGUGCAGUAGAUUUUAUAGUCUUUGAUGGGUUCGAACUAGUGGAGGAGUCUUUGCUCCUUCAAGAAGCGUAA